AUGCCGUCCUCCUUUCUGACAUCUCCUUCCUCUUCCGCUUCGUCGCACAUCUCUUACCUGAUCCCUGCUAGUGCUAGGCCGCCGCCUCCCCUUGCCAUGGGACAGGGAUACGGUGGUGCCACCGGCGGCAUCAUCAGUGUGCCCACAGCUGGCGUCGUGGCGAACGCCCUGAAUGCCGCGGUGGCGGCGCCUCCGCCGCCGCCAAGGCAGGGAGCCAGCAGGAACGCGGGCGCGGGCCACCCGCCGCUGCCGCGCCCGCCGCCGCGGCAGUGCCCGCGCUGCCAGUCCGCCAACACCAAGUUCUGCUACUACAACAACUACAGCCGCGAGCAGCCGCGGUACCUCUGCAAGGCGUGCCGCCGCCACUGGACCGAGGGCGGCACGCUCCGCGACGUGCCCGUCGGCGGCGGCCGCAAGAACAGGCGCGGCGCCAAGGGCAGUGCGAAACAAGCGUCUGCCUCGACCGCGGCUGCGACGACGCAGGGCGGGAACGUCCUCGGCGUCGGCGCCGACACGUUCCCGGACCUCCUGCGGCAGCUGGUGCAGUUCCCGUCGGCCGCGGCCGUGGGCGGGGGAGGCUACGCCAUCGACCUGGGCGCGUGGCAGCAAAUGUCCGCGGCCACGGCGCCACAGCCGCAGGGGACCGGCGAUGCCAUCACUCUUGGAGCAGCGGGGAUGGCGGCCGAGGCGGAGGCCAACUGCGUCGCCUUGCAGUACUGGAGCGAAUGGCAGCAGGACGGCAUGCCCGGCCUUGAUGGGGCUUGCUAA